AGGCGCUGCGUUCGGAAUGAAGCAAUGUGAGGCGAGGAAUGAAGCGGCAGGGAUGGCGGACCAGACGCUAACGGUACUCCUUAAACUCUCAGCUGCGGGCUUUUACGGAAUCAGCUCGUUCCUCAUAGUUGUAGUCAACAAAAGCGUCCUGACUAAUUACAGGUUUCCUUCGUCAAUAUGUGUUGGCAUUGGUCAGAUGCUGGCUACAGUAGUUGUGUUAAGGGUAGGAAAAGCCCUCCGGGUGAUUACCUUCCCAGAGUUUGAUGGUAGCAUACCUAGAAAGACAUUUCCGCUACCUCUUCUUUAUGUUGGAAAUCAAAUAACAGGGCUCUUUGGAACUAAAAGACUCAACCUGCCAAUGUUUACAGUAUUAAGGAGGUUUUCAAUUCUCUUUACAAUGCUGGCAGAGGGUUUCUUGUUAAAGAAGAAGUUCUCCAGGCCAGUUCAGCUGACAGUAUUUACUAUGAUUCUUGGGGCCUUUGUAGCUGCAAGUGCUGAUUUGGCUUUUGAUCUGCAAGGGUACGUGUUCAUUUUAAUGAACGAUGUCUUAACUGCUGCCAAUGGAGCUUUUGUGAAGCAGAAACUUGACUCUAAGGAGCUUGGAAAGUAUGGCCUGCUCUACUACAACGCUUUAUUUAUGAUACUUCCAACUCUGCUUUUAGCACACGUCACAGGAGACAUGGAUAAGGCCUUUGAUUAUGAUGGCUGGUCCGAUGUUUUGUUUAUAAGUCAAUUCUUUCUCUCUUGUAUAAUGGGGUUUAUUUUGAUGUACUCCACUGUACUUUGCACACAGUAUAAUUCUGCGCUUACUACUACCAUUGUCGGUUGCUUAAAAAAUAUAUUAGUGACAUAUAUUGGAAUGGUGUUUGGAGGGGAUUACAUUUUCUCAUGGACUAACUUCAUUGGUCUAAACAUCAGUAUUGCUGGCAGUCUGGUGUAUUCCUACAUUACCUUCACCGAGGAGCAGAUCACCAAACAGAGCGAGAACACCAACAAACUAGAAGUCAAAGGAAAAGUGGCUGUAUGACCAAUGGAUGGAGGCUCCAUUGUGAUGCACAAGACUGUAUCUGUGAGUUUUUGUAUUUCUUGCAAGAGCAAGCAAGCAGAAAUCCCUCCCUGGAUUUUUUUAUUUCAAUUUUAAUGAUAUGA